AUGGAUAUGCGCAAGAAGAAGAGAAAGGUCCUCUUGAUGGGCAAAAGUGGAUCUGGAAAAUCGUCGAUGCGCUCAAUCAUCUUCAGCAAUUAUGUUGCGAAAGAUGUCCGGCGCCUGGGUGCUACCAUUGAUGUCGAGCACAGCCAUGUCAAGUUCAUGGGAAACCUCACGCUGAACCUCUGGGAUUGCGGAGGACAGGAUGCAUUCAUGGAAACAUAUCUCGCGUCUCAGCGAGGGAACAUCUUCUCCGACGUCGCGGUCCUGAUCUACGUCUUCGACAUUGAAUCCCGCGAGGUCGAGCGCGAUCUUGACACCUACAACGCCAUCAUCAACGCCCUGAAAGAAUACAGUCCCAAUGCCUACGUGUUCUGCCUUGUACAUAAACUGGAUCUCAUCCAAGCCGAGCACCGCCAACGCAUCUACGAAGAACGGUCCGCCUUAAUUCGCAGUCGUUCGGAGCAUUUCAGUAUCGACACCUUUGGCAGUAGUAUAUGGGAUCAAUCGCUCUACAAAGCGUGGGCCGGCAUUGUCCACAAGCUUAUUCCAAACUUGACUGUCAUCGAGCGCUUCCUGCAAGCCUUCUCCAAGCGAAUUGAUGCCGAAGAAGUCAUCUUGUUCGAACGGUCAACCUUCCUCACCGUAACUUCCGUUUCCUCAGAAGUAGGCGACUUGAACCCCAUUUAUGAUCGCCAUGAACGACUCUCCAACAUCAUGAAAGCCUUCAAGCACUGUGCGGCGCGGAACACCCACACAACCCCUGCAUCUGCCGGGUUCGUCGUCAUGCAUACGAAGACUCCGCAAUUCAACGUCUUCCUCGGCCGCUUCACGGACAAUACAUACAUUUUUCUGGUUGUACCGCCGGGCGAGGCAGCCUACAAUUGUGCUGUCCUAAACACCAUGCUAGCUCGAGAGGGCUUCUCCAAAGCCGCCGCUACCGGUCACGGGGACGGAUUUCCCCUCCCUGCGGCUGAAUCCCCGGACAACAGCAACGGGACCCAUUGA